AUGAAGAAGGCCUCAGCUGUUGCAGUCAUGUUGGUUGUCGUAGUCAUGACAAUGGUGUUCAUGGCAGAGCCAGGGCAGGCCAUAACUUGCGCGCAAGUGGACAUUGCCCUGCGGCCCUGCCUUGACUAUUUGAAGGGCACCACCGGGCAACCCCCGGUGGAGUGUUGCAAUGGUGUCGCGAGCAUCAAGCAAAACACUCCUACCAAGGCUGACCGACAGGCGGCCUGCCAAUGUGUCAAGAGAGCCGCUGAGUCAUUAGCCGGAUUGAGUGAUGAUGCAGCCAAGAACCUUCCCGUUAGAUGUAAUGUGCAAAUUAGCGUUCCUAUCUCUAGGAAUGUCAACUGCAACAAUGUUGACUGA